GGGCGGCCGUGCUGGCGGAUCCGCGGCCCCGGAAGGUCGCGCCAUCGGCGGGGACCGAAGGAAGGGAGGCCGCGAGGCCCGGCGGGUGGAGGCUCGGAGUUGGCAGAUCCGGCGCUGGCCCGAGGUAAGAGGGAGGCUUCGCUCCCCCAACCCCCUGCGCCGCCAGCCUGGGACCCAACUUCAGCUCCUCAGCCGGGUCCCGACGGGGGAGCGCGCGGACGGGGCCGCGGGGCCGCGCCCCCCGCACCCCGGGACGCCCCUGGCUUCGGAUCGGGCCUGCGCCCCUUCCCAGGCGCCUGGCUCCGGCACGUGCACGCUCGCAGGAGGCGCCGCGGACGCCACGGGCGGCCCGUGAGUGGCUGCCGUGCCCAUUUCACAGAUGAGGCCCCGAGACGCCCAGUGACCUCCCCGAGGCUGCACAGCGCCGAGCGCCCGGGACCCCUGCGCUCCCCCACCGUGAGUGGGGGCCAAGGGACACUGCACCCCGCCCCCCCACAGAGCUAGAGCCGCCUGGCCCGGAGAAAGGAAAGCCCGGGGUGAGGGUCAGGCCCCGGGGCCGAUGGCUAGCAGAUGGCUGGACCCUCUGGGGAUGAAGGCAGCAUCUGGGACAGGAGACCUGUCAACAAGCGUCCAUAUUGGUUCCCAGUUUCCAGGCUCAGGUGUGAACCAGACCCCCAUGGCAGACUGUCGCGCUGUGUGCACGCUGAACGUGUCUGAGCGCUGCAGGUUCAUCCGGACCAACCCCGACUGCCGCACGGAGGGCGGCUACCUGGACUACUUGGAAGGCCUCUUCUGCCACUUCCCUCCAGGCCUCCUCCCUCUGGCUGUCACCCUCCACGUGCUCUGGCUUCUCUACCUGUUCCUCAUCCUGGGAGUGACGGCGGCGAAGUUUUUCUGUCCUAACCUGUCGGCCAUUUCCACCACCCUCAAGCUGUCCCACAACGUGGCAGGUGUCACUUUCCUGGCGUUCGGGAAUGGAGCCCCCGAUGUCUUCAGUGCCCUGGUGGCCUUCGCAGACCCGCGCACUGCCAGCCUGGCCAUCGGCGCUCUCUUUGGUGCAGGGGUGCUGGUCACCACCGUGGUGGCCGGGGGCAUCACCAUCCUGCGCCCCUUCACGGCCGCGUCCAGGCCGUUCCUCAGGGACAUCACCUUCUACAUGGCGGCUGUGUUCCUGACCUUCACUGCGCUGUACCACGGCAGGGUCACGCUGCUGUGGGCCCUGGGCUACCUGGGCCUCUACGUGUUCUAUGUGCUCACUGUGAUCCUCUGCACCUGGAUUUAUCAACGGCAGCGGAGAAGGUCCCUGGUCUACUCCAUGCCAGGAACUCCCGAACUGUCAGAUUCAGAGGAUGAUCGGGUGUCAUCCAACACCAACAGUUACGACUACGGUGAAGAGUACCGGCCGCUGUUCACGUACCAGAAUAGCACGGCCCAGGUCCUGGCGGAGGCCCUGAGCCCGCUGGACUCUCAGAAGUGGAGAAACCAGUCAGUGUCCUGGAGACUGCUCAAGGUGCUCAAGCUGCCCGUGGAGGUCCUCCUGCUCCUCACCGUGCCCGUAGUGGACCCGGACAGAGAUGACCGGAACUGGAAACGGCCCCUCAACUGUCUGCAGCUGGUCAUCAGCCCCCUGGUCCUGGUCCUGACCCUGCAGUCCGGAGCCUACGCUGUGUAUGAGAUCGGCGGGCUCGUCCCCGUCUGGGCCGUGGUGGUGAUUGUGGGCACAGGCUUGGCCACAGUGACCUUCUUUGCCACUUCCAACAGUGAGCCCCCCAGACUGCACUGGGUGAGGGUCCCAGCCUGUGGGUUGGGAGAGGGGGUGCGGGGUGGGGGGCUGGGCACAGGUGCCCAUGGGCAUCUCCAGGAGGCUUGUCAAGGGGUCAUUAGCAACCAUGGCAAGGGUACCUUCAAUUUGGGGAUUUGUCCCAAGUUUUAUUUUCCGGGUGGGGCCCGGGGUCCCCUCUGGCCCCGCCCGGUGGGCAGCGGUGGACUGCAGCAAGCCAGCCUCUCCCUUUCCCUGCAGCUGGAGCCGGACGGACUGCUGGUGUGGGUGCUGGCCGGCGCCCUGGGGCUCAGCCUCGUCCUCUCCCUGGUCUCCGUCCCGCUGCAAUGCUUCCAGCUCAGCAAGGGCUACGGCUGCUGCCUGCUCCUGUUCUACAGCAGCUUCCUGGUCGUGGCUCUCCUCACCGAGUUCGGGGUGAUUCAUCUGAAGGGCAUGUGACCGAUGCUGCCUGGAGGUGUGCAGGGGCACAGACUCCUGGGGUAGCUAGAUGGGGUGACUGUGUACCUCGGCUGAGCCCUGGCAGCCGGGGCCCUGGAGGCUGGCUCUGCCGGGGAUGUGAUGUCAGAGCCCUCGGCACCCCAGGGCAGCCCUGCCCGGCCCUCCUCGCUGGGCAAAGGGCUGAUGUGAGCCACUGAGCUGUCCCAUAUUGAGUGUCCCAGUGGCCACGUUAAGAAACCCAAGAUGGAGGUGGAAUGAAUGGCAACCUGUUAUUGAACCCCGGGUGUCCAAAACACUCAGCUGCGCCCCUGCCUCGGGAAUGGCCGCCACCAUGGACAGCGGCUGCGGACCCGGCCCUCUGGACCUGUGCACAGCAGAGCCUACCUGGGAAAGGAGAGGCCCCAGGGCCUUCCCAGGGUGGAUGGCCGGGCCUCGAUGUUUAAAGAAGCAGUGUGUUUGCCUUCUGCAGUCAAGGGGUUCGACUGUCCUCCAACCCCGGCAAAUAAAAGAAGAUGCAGUGCUUCAAGUA